GGUAACACAAUCGAUAGCUUAUCACAGAUAUAUUGAGACUGGAACGAAUAACUGUAACGUUAUGUUGAAAUUAUUUGUAUGUGCGCUCGUUCUUGUGGUUGAUGUUACACCAACAUAUGAACUUGGUGGACGUCCCCAGUCCGAUAUACCAUGUCUGAGUUUUGGUGGAAUAUGUGUCCAUUCGGGCGACUGUCCGGCAGACAAACUGUCAAAAAUACAAGGUCUCUGUCCGACGCACAGAAGUAACUUUGUAUGCUGUCAUUCGUUACCGAUUUCCGAAACGAGAUGCCGUUACAGAGGAGGCGAAUGUUUUUCGAAAAAAUACAAAUGUCCUGAAAAAUUUACGUUUAACGAAGCGACCGAUUGUGACGACGAUAAAAAGUGCUGCAUUUUGGUUAAUUAAACGUUUAAUCUCUCA